AUGGCGGAAACUGCGAGAACCGAGUACCCGGCGAUGCUGGCGUAUCUCCAACCCUCACAAGCUGUCAAUGUCCUCAACGACCGAGUAAAACGAGUCAGCAAGCUCAAUCUCGAAAUCGCCGACUGGCUACAGGAACGCCGAAAAGUUGAGGAGCAGUACAUUCAAGGCUUGCGAAGACUAGUGCAGUUCAAGGUGCCCAAUUCUGCCUCUGAGCUCGGCGUGGAAUCAACUGCCCACUCUCACUACUUAUUCGCAUCCAACCUCGAGAAGGAUGUUGAGGCGCCCCUACGAGCCUUCGGCCACAAGAAGGAGCACCCAAAAGUCGAUGCCGCGGCCACUCGAUUGAGUGCUGCGUCGCAGGAGUGGGAGUCACAGGCGCCCUUCAUCUUCGAAACACUUCAAGUCCUCGACGAGCAGCGAACGAACCAGCUCCGUGACCUGCUAACCCAGCUCCUGACCCAUGAAAGCGACCAAGCGCAAAGGAACCAGACCGUUGCUGGCGAGGCCCUUCAGGCAGUGCUGGAUCUACAGACGCCAAAGGAGAUUGAAAACUUCUCGAAGAAGAUGACCGACGGGAAAGCGAAGCAGGAAAGGAGGUCAGCCCCGGCCACGAGGCGCCCAAGUGCUGCCGGAAGCAACCUCACCCCCGCCACUGCGACCACGGCUGCAUCACACGACGAAGAACUCCAAAGCGAGGCAGAGGCCCCCGAGCCCCAUCAAACCCCUCGGUUGCGCAGCCGCAUUGGCACUAUGCUUGGCCGAAGGCGGCAGAGCAUUCACGGCGGAUUCGGACCGCUCACCCAAAAGAGUUCGUCGUCUUUUGGAAGGAACCUUCGAAGCAGCCAUGCUGCCAUCCCUCGCGGAGACCCCGAUACCUCGAACGUAAACGACGUUGCCGAUUCCGACGAGAAACCCAAGGACGAACCGCACGAGGGGACAAAUGGAGUCAAGGCCCCCUCGAGCCUGGGCGACCUGGCUGUUCUGGAAGAGGCCCAUGAUACUGUCAACGGCACCGAUGCUGGAGAGACGACAACUGCCUUUGCCCCACCCCCUGGCCCUCCACCAGCCCAGGCCAAGGAUGACGAGGAGUCCCAAGGCAAGGACUCGGAAGGGGAAGCCGCCGCCGAAGAAGCUGAGCAGCUGUUUAAACUCAACAUCCAGAGCACCCCGGUUGCUGAGGAAGAUCCCGAGGCAACACAGGCCGCCCUGUCCAAUGUCUCGAAUGCCUUGACGCAGAUGGGUAUGCCCUCACGAAAGACGGGUACUAUCCGAGGUCGCAGAGAUGUGCGCAACACCAUCUAUGUGCCCGCGCCCAAUGGCGCCCCUCCCCGUCUAGUUCCGGCCCGCCACCUACCCCUCCUCAUCGCCGGAACUUCGGAUACUCAAUCCGUUCGCUCUGGCAACUCGCUGGGCGCUCUAAACCACGCGAAGCAUCCGGAUAAAUUGGGACCCGGCCUACACGCCUCCAUCAUUGAAACCAUCACUGCUACCUUUGAAGAAGAUGCCAUGAAGACGGCCAAGAUCAGCGGCGAGAUUGCCUUCUGCUACAACGCUGACGAGGAUCCCGAUUACAAGUCGCUCCAUAACCCGACUAUCCGUAUCAACAAUUUCCCCGCCUCGAGUGGCGCCCAGACUAAGCCCUCCGGAACUCAUCUCAAGGAGAAGCACCUCGUCUACUGGAGGCUAGGCGAUAUCACUCUAACAUCGGAGCCCCAGAAGAUCGUCUGUCGCAUCCUAGGCGCCGAAGGUGCCCAUCCCAAGCCCGGCCACGUCGAAGCUCGAUGGGAAUACUCGCCGAAUGAAUCAGCGGUGACCUCUUUGGCGGGCAUUUCGGUUUCGAGGCUCGAAGAGUCCAAGGGCAAGGAGAGGGAGGCAGUUCUCGAUGAAGACCCAUUCGCCGACAGCGAUAACCUCGUCAGCGGCAAGUAUGAGACCCGGUAA